AUGUCGUCAAAGAUAGCAAGUCUAUUGUCCUCAGUAUGGACGAUAAAGAAGAGGUUACCGAUGAGUUUAAAGGCGUCAAAGUUUGGUGGGUACUGGAUAACAUUUUUCUUUUUAUUUUACCCUGCUGCGGAUGAGAAGAGAUUUUACAAGCUCACGUUUCAUAAGAGUCACAGGGAUUUGAUCACGGGUUCUUAUAUUAGCCACGUGUUAGACGAAGGAAAAGCCACUACAGUGAGGAACCGGCAGAGAAAGCUAUACAGUAACAAUCCGAGCAAGAAUUGGCAUGGCUGGAAAGCAACAAAAUGGAGCCAUGUUCAUUUUGAGCAUCCGGCGACGUUUGAUACUUUGGCAAUGGAGAGAAAGAAGAAAGAAGAUAUCAAGAAAGAUCUGAAGAAGUUUAGUGAAAGCAAAGAGUACUACAAGAAAAUAGGGAAGGCUUGGAAGCGUGGAUAUAUCCUCUAUGGUCCUCCAGGAACUGGUAAAUCAACCAUGGUGGCCGCCAUGGCGAAUUUUUUGAACUAUGAUAUCUAUGAUCUUGAACUUACCACCGUCAAAGACAACACUGAGCUGAGGAAUCUUUUGAUCGAGACGUCGAGUAAGUCAAUCAUUGUCCUAGAGGACAUCGAUUGCUCACUUGAUCUUACUGGUCAACGCGAGAAGAAAAAAGAGAAGAAUGAAGAAGAAGAAGAGACGGAUCCGAUUAAAAAGAAACAAAAAGAAAUGGAAAAGGAGAAAGAUAAAAGUAGCAAGGUUACAUUAUCCGGGCUGUUGAAUUUCAUUGACGGGCUCUGGUCAGCUUGUGGGGGAGAAAGAAUCAUUGUGUUUACAACUAAUUUUGUGGACAAGCUCGAUCCAGGUCCCCCCCCCCCAACUUGA